AUGUCUGAACCGGGCAAGGAAUCAAUUCCUACUAGCGCCGAUCCCAAGAGCAAAAGGCCAACAAAACGUCGCCAGCUCACGCCCGUUUCCGAACAAGCAAACCAGAUCAGCAGUCUUUUCAAAGACCCCGGCAAGGAAAUCCGCCUGCCCUCAGCACCGAAGCCGCGGACCGCCGAUUCACUCGCGCCUCCGCCCGAGAUAGUUGCCAAUGUGCAAGGGUCGUCGGCCGGUGCUGGCUCAGGCGAGUUUCACGUUUACAAAGCGAGCCGGCGUCGGGAAUACGAGCGCUUGAGAUUGAUGGACGAGGAAGUCAAGCGAGAAAAGGAUAACGAGGAAUUUGAGAAGAAAAAGGCAGAAGCGCAGAGGAAGGAUGACGAGAAGACAGAAAAGAAUAGGAGAAAGCGUGAGAAACGCAAGGCUGUGGCUGCCAAAAAUAAGAACGGCAACAAGGCCAACGGAGAUACAGAGAGCAUGAAUGUCGACAAUGACCAGGAGGCUGGGCCAAGGAAAGUUCCACGACUUGGGCCUCUGCCUCCACGGGGAAAGAAUGUCGACGCGGAAGUGGAAAAUGAUCAAGAGCUCCAAGUUUACGAGGAACAGGGUGUUGUUAUCCAUGACGAUGAUUAA